CUAAAUUGAUAAUAGCAUUUGCCUCCAGAAGAACCACUUACGCUACCCUUUAUCCCGAUCAAUCAUGUCCGGAAGAGCCACCUCCAACUCCAACUACUACUAUCAGGAAGCUAGGGGCAGCAGCUCUGGCAACCGACAAGGGCAAGGAACCUCAGGCGGCAACAGACAAGGCCAGGGAUCGUCAAGCGGCAACCGACAUGGGCAAGGAUCACCAAACUACAACAGCAACAGACAAGGUCCGCAGGGAUCGUCAAACCAUAGCACCAACAGACCAAGGCAAGAAUCGUCAAGUUCUGGAAGACCCUCGCUGGGAUAUUCCAUGGAUCGAUAUUUGGACACUCGCGAGAGGCACGAGACCUGGGAUUGGGAGACAAAGGCCAAGCACAGGAAUGACAAGAACACACGACUCUAAGACGACAGCAUGCAAUCACAAGCAUAGCAAUGAGUCAAGAUUGCAAUUCCUCGUUCUUAUCCAGUAAACCACCAAGUGCGCUAUCGAACAUAUACUCUCGGACAUAUACAUGUACCAACGCCCAAGUUAUUGAAACUGCAACAUAUCACGCCCAUUUCGAGCUCCGCAUCCAUGGCUGGACCAUGCGAUAUGUUUAUUGUUUAUUGUUUUGUUUUUGCUUUCGUUCUUGUUUUCGCUUUGGUUUUUCCUUUGGUUUUUCAUUUUGUUUUUCAUUUUGUUUUUCUUUGAGUCUUUUUACGCCUCAGCCUUGAAAUCAGCUCGCUGCUUAUGUGACACCGUCUGUGGCAUCUCUUCGCCGGGGCCAAGAAUCUUGACCAGCACGGGAAGCAUAUAUUUCGGCAACGUUUCGUUCAUAUCGGCUCGGAGGCGAGCGAGGUCGAUUAUUCGCUCGCCAUGUCUGCUCUGCAAUUGCUCUUGUUCGCGAGUAAGGCGCACGACGGCGGCGCAUAUUUGUUUUGCUUCGUGAUCUGGUACGCCCAGGACGCAGGCUUCGGUCACAUAAGGAAGAGCUGAAUCGAUAGGAAAAGAGGUUUUGAUAGAGGAGUUAUUGUGAAAUUUCUUACAGUCGGUGUUAGCGCGGCCUGAGAAAAUGUAUUCGCCAUCUUUUAAUUCAGCGAAGUCUCCCGUCUUGAAAUACCCCUCGGCGUCAAAUGCAGCUUUUGUUUUUUCCUCGUCACCAAUAUAGCUUAGAGAGCUUCGUUAGCAGUUUUCUUUUGUCAAAAGUUGUUUUGUUU